AUGACUACUCGUCAACAACAUGUUGAUAGAUCUAAUAUGGGUUCCACUAAUGAUACUCGUGUUUUAUCAAUUUUAAAUUUUUCACGUAAACGUGAUCAACGAAUACUUCGUACAGCAUUUCUUCAUUCUGCAACUAUUUUAUUUGUAAUAGUAUGUGGAGCAUGUGCUGUAAUUGUUUAUCGCAUAUUAGAACCAUUUCUACAGAGUAUUUUAUGGUCGAUACUUGCUGGUGCAUUUUUAUUUCCAUUUAAAAAUCAUUUUACUUCAAUAGCCCGAUAUUAUUUACGUCAAUUCGAUGCAAAUUCCUAUUUUUUAUGUUAUGGUUUAGUUAUUAUUUUACCAAUACAAAUAUUUGACAAAGCUAUUGAAUCAAUUGUUCCUUUAUGCAUUCAAAAAUGGAAACAAUUAAUAUUAAUUAUUAUUUUUUUACCUUCUAUUGAAUUUCUUCAAUCUGGUGUUAUUUAUCAUUGUAUAACAACAAUAGGAUAUGAUUAUUUUGUUAUAUUUGAAAAAUAUAUUCAUCAUUUUGAUUCACCAUGGAUAACAUCACUUGUUAUAAUUUAUAUAUUUGCUGUUUUAAUUCUUUAUAAUAAAUCAUCAGUAAUAAAAUAUAUACUUAAUAUAUUUUCAAUACCUAUUUGGUUUAUUUUAUUUAUCUAUCUUUCACAAUUUCUUCCAGUUAAUUAUCGAUUGAUAGUUGUUACUUUUGCAGCAAUUCUAUUAGUUGUAGGUUUUGUUGUUGAACAAAAUUUUAUUGGAUCUCAAAGUUCGAAAGUCGAUCAAUGUCGAGAAUCAAUAUUCACUAAUUUAAUCAAUGUAUUUCGACGUAUUCGAGCUUAUUUUCAAAAUAAAUCUUCAUUACCUGACAUUUCAUCUUCUUCAUCUUCAUCAGCAUCCUACUUUACAUUUGUACUUUGGUCUUUAAUAGCUAUAAAAGUUUAUCAAUUCUAUCAAUAUCUUAUACCAAUUUUAAUUUUUAUAAUUAUUUAUAAAGUUAUUAAAUAUUUUCUACUCUAUACAUAUUCUUAUUUAUGUCAACAAAUAUAUAUAAAAUACAUUAUUCAACGAAUUAUUCAUUUUUGGAAAAUCAGACGUGAUGUUUUAACACCACCAUUAUUACAAAAUAUUAUUCGUUUUCUUAUAAAAGGUGAUAAAAAAAUAAAUCAUAGUUUACAAAAAUCAAUUGAUUAUCUUGUUAGUGCCUGUAUGAUUUUUACAUUAUUUAUUCUUAUUCUUUUUGGUAGUAUACUGCUUGUUAUACAGAUCCAUCAUGAAAGUAUACAUAUGAUUAAAUUAACAAGUAAUCUUGUUAAUGAAACAAUUGUGUUACAAGAUAUGUUACCUGAUAAAGAGCAUAUGAGUCAUUUAAUGGGUAGAGCUCUUACUAAAUUGUAUGUUUUUGGAAGAAAUUGGAUUACUAAACAGGUUGCAAAAGUUCAACCACCUCGUGUUCCAAUCAAAUGUUGUCUUCCAAUAAGUGUCAUUGGAGACGAAUCACUCUAUGUAAGCGCAUUAAGUCAAGAUAGUUUAUCAAAUAAAAAACUCGAAGAACAAAUAUUAUUAUUAUGGGAUCGUCUUUAUACAUAUAUAACAAAUACAUCAACAUUAUUUAUUACACAUAAAAAUUCUAAUAGAAUAUUACAUUCAUCAUCAAAUCAAAAUUUUCGUUUAUUAAAGCUUUUAAAACAUAUACAAAAAAAUUUUGAUUUUCAUUUAAAUGAUAUUUAUGAUUUAAUACGUAAUAAUCUUGAUUUAUUACGUACUAUUCUUGAUUCGAUUUGGUCAAAUGCUACAGUUAUUUUAACAUUAAUUUCAACAAUUAUUUCAUUAUUAUUUACGGGUGGUUUUGCUUUAUUAAAUUUUUUUGUUUCAUUUAUUGUUUUUAUUACUUUACUUUUCUAUCUUCUAUCACAUUCAGAUCAACCAAUAUAUCAACCAACAAUAUGGCUUAAUAAUAUAUUAGCAAUAGGUGGUCCAGGUUUAGGUAAAACAGUUAAUGAUGUAGCAACAAGUGUAUUUAUUGCUUCAUUAAAAAUUGCGGCUUUUUAUGGUCUUUAUACAUAUGUAUCACAUACUUUACUUGGUUCAAAUUUUGUUUUUUUACCUGCUGUUAUUGCAUCCAUAUGUGCUGUUACUUUACAGUCAUAUUGGGCAGCAUUACCCGGCUGUCUUGAUUUAUGGCUUGUACAACAACGUCCAUUAAGUGCUUUAAUAUUAUUACUUGCUCAAAUAGCACCCGUUUAUAUUGUUGAUACAGCUAUUUAUAGUGAAGUUAACGCUGGAGGACAUCAGUAUUUAACAGCAUUAGCUAUUGCUGGUGGAGUAUACUAUCGAGGUAUUGAAGGUGCUUUGAUUGGACCUAUUAUCUUAUGUUGUUUAUUAGUUGGUAUUCGAAUGUAUAAUGAAACAAUAUCAACAAGUUUAUCAUCAAAUUCCCACCAAUUACCAUUCUCAUUGAUAAAAAUGAAACAAAACUUCAAUCGUUCACCUAGUUUACAAUCUCUAUUGACAAGAAAUGAUAAUGACUAA